GAGACCACCACAAUCACCACCACCACCACCACCACCACCACCACCACCACCACCACUACCAACAACAACAGCAAAAGCAUGGGGUCCAUCAAGAACCAGGCGGUGCCGCCGCCGUCGCGGGAGGAACAGGCGGCGGACGAGGCGGCGUGCAUGUAUGCAGUGCAACUGGCCAGCUCCUCCAUCCUACCCAUGACCCUUAAGGCCGCCAUCGAGCUCGACAUCCUCGAGAUCAUCGUCAAAGCCGGCCCAGGUGCGAAGCUCAGCCCGGCCGAGGUGGCGACCCAGCUGCCGACCGAGAAUCCCAUGGCCGCCACCAUGCUGGACCGCAUGCUCCGCCUUCUCGCCUCCUAUAACAUCCUUACCUGCUCGGUGGAGAUCGAUGCCGAUGGGAAGCCGUUCCGUCGAUACGGCGCAGCGCCGGUGUGCAAGUGGCUGACAAAGAACAACGAAGGGGCGUCCAUGUCCGCUCUGACCCUCAUGAACCAGGACAAGAUCCUCAUGGGGAGCUGGUACUACUUGAAGGAUGCAGUCUUGGAUGGAGGAAUUCCCUUCAACAAGGCCUAUGGCACGACGGCAUUUGAGUAUUAUGGCACCGACCCUAGGUUCAACAGGGUGUUCAAUGAGGCCAUGAAGGACCACUCCACCAUCACCACCAUGAAGCUCUUGGAGUUCUACAAUGGCUUUGAAGAUGUUAAGGUGCUUGUUGAUGUCGGCGGGGGCAUCGGGGCCACCAUCAACAUGAUCACCUCCAAGUAUCCCCACAUCAAGGGUAUCAACUUCGAUCUUCCUCAUGUCAUCUCCGAAGCGCCGGCAUUCCAAGGUGUGGAGCAUGUUGGUGGAGACAUGUUUGCUAGCGUUCCAAGCGGGGAUGCUAUUUUCAUGAAGUGGAUCAUGCAUGACUGGAGCGACGAGCUCUGUGUGAAGAUCUUGAAGAACUGCUACAAAGCUCUGCCAGACAAUGGAAAGGUGAUCCUUGUUGAAUGUAUCCUUCCAGUAGCUCCAGAACCAACUCCCUCAGCACAGGGGGUCUUCCAUUUGGACAUGAUCAUGUUGGCUCACAACCCUGGUGGGAAAGAGAGGACCGAGAAAGAGUACAAGGACUUGGCCGAGGGAGCCGGCUUCACGGGGUUGAAAGCUCAGUAUUGUUUUGCCACUACUUGGGUUAUUGAACUCACCAAGUAGAUGGAAACAUACUCAUAAUAUGAUUGAUCUUUGCUAGUAUCCUCCAUAUUUGGUUGUUGGCUUUGGUUGCAAGUUCUUCAGCCAUAUCAGCAAUUUGUAUUGUGACCAUGUUAAAUAAUACUGCUAAAGAGUUGAUACUUGUUUUCCUA